AUGUUGGCCCUUCAGGCUGCCGUGCAGCCUCGCGGUGGUCGGUUCUGUUCUGCUGAGAUUGUGCGGGCGCUUGCGCAGCUGACGCUGUCGGAUCUCCAAAGUUACGUGCCGGAGAGCGCCUGGUGGAAAUGGGUGAAUCAUCGAGAGACGCCGUUGGCCGCGAGUGUCUUUUCUCUGCAGGACGCGUUGACCGCCACAGGCCCCGACCGAUGGCGGGGGAAAGUGGGCGAUCCGCUGGGCUGCUGCACAUUGUAUGAGAGCAGUGAUGUUGUCGUUUGUUGGUUUGUGGUGCCGCCGGGGGGAAUGCUGCCGCUGCACGAUCACUGCACCAUGUCGGUGUGGCAGCGCGUACUGUUUGGGAAACUACACGUGACUUCUAUUGACUGGUUGGAUAAGACUUCCCCAGAAAAGAUUUUAUUGUGUCAACCCCACAAUAUUGAGGGUGUCGUUGUUUUUUCAGGUGUCGUCACAGCCCAGUUAUCUAGUGAUGAUCCUUUCUCGCUAGUAACGUCCUUCGGGCCUGAUAGCGGCGGUGUACUGCAUGAAAUUGUGAAUGAGAGUGAUGAUCCCGCUUUGUUCAUAGAUGUCAUUGCCCCACCGUACAAUAAACCACCGCGGAAUAUUAACUGCACGUAUUAUUGGGCCGCAGGCACGGACGAUGAUGCGGCCGGUGUUUGUAAUAUACUGCCGCGGGAACAAGAGAAUGGCAAUCAAACUCACGAUAGACUCAAAGCUGGUCAACGGGUGUUUCUAACUCCCCGUAGGAGUUACGGUGGACCUCCGAUGGAUGUCUUUCUGCCAUUACAGCCACUAUGCUGA